GCAACUGUCAGUGUCAUUCAUUUCAUCUGUCAUCCAGCUGAAUUUUGAGGUUAAAUAAAAGUAUUUUUUUGGAGUAAUGGGUGACUCUUACAAGCCUAAGCUAAGCGCAGCAGACGGCAAAGACCCUGUGCUUAAAAAGACCGAGCUGGAUUACAUGAAGAUCAUUGAACAGAUGAACGCUGAGCGGGUCAAGAAGCUUCAAUCACUGACUAGGAGGAACAGGAUUACGGGGGCAGCUAUUGGCGCCGGCGUAGUAUCAAUAUAUCUGUACUCUAUAUUCGCAGUGAAGCAGGAGACCUUCCUUGACGACUUCAACGAACCUGUGAAAGUCGUAGAGUAAACAUGGCGCUGCCGAAGAAAGCUUUACAAAUAAGAUUGCCUCCCC